CCCAAGUUGCUGCCAGGAAGGACCGUGGAAGUAUGAAUGGAUGAUUUGGAGGCAUUAUGUGGAAAUCAAAGUUGAUAUAGAAAAAUUACUUAACGCGAGUAAACAGUCGAUUGAGAGUCAGUGUGGAUGGGUUGAUGAUGUGAUAAGUGCCAAUGCCAAGUAAUACAACUGAAUGAGUGGGCGAUCCGGAAUCAAUGUGAACGAGAAACCGGUUUGGAAAGUGUUUCUGAGUUAAUGUGUAUGACCAAAGUCGGUGUGAGUGAGUGAUCCGGAGUGAGUGCGCCGGCGGAGAGUGAUCCGGAUCCGCAGGCGGGCAGGGGUCGCUCUCUCUCGCUCGCACUUGGAGCACCGCAGCCGCCGUACACACGCCGCUCAAGCACUGCCCAGCCCAGAGAGAGCGGCCGACAGGGAGGUUGAGGCGAAGUGACACGGCCGCUCCGGCGCCGGGGAUCUACAGCGGAGGCCGAUCCGAGGUGCCCUACAAUGUCCCUGAAACCACGUGUGGUGGAUUUCGAUGAAACAUGGAACAAGCUCCUGACAACAAUCAAAGCCGUUGUCAUGCUGGAUUACGUUGAGAGAGCGACUUGGAAUGACCGCUUUUCAGAUAUAUAUGCUUUGUGUGUGGCUUACCCAGAACCUCUAGGAGAGCGACUCUACACAGAAACAAAAAUCUUUCUGGAAAAUCACGUCCAACUUCUAUACAAGAAAGUUUUGGAUUCUGAAGAGAAGAUUUUGAUAAUGUACCAUAAAUAUUGGGAAGAGUACAGUAAAGGUGCAGAUUAUAUGGACUGCUUAUAUAGAUAUCUUAACACACAGUUCAUCAAGAAGAACAAACUGACAGAAGCUGAUCUUCAGUAUGGAUAUGGUGGAGUGGACAUUAUUGAGCCAUUGAUGGAGAUAGGCGAGCUAGCUCUUGAUAUGUGGAAGAAGCUGAUGAUUGAGCCAUUACAGACCAUCCUUAUCCGAAUGCUUCUUCGUGAAAUAAAAAAUGAUCGUUGUGGAGAAAAUCUAAAUCAAAAAGUAAUCCAUGGGGUUAUUAACUCCUUUGUUCAUGUUGAACAGUACAAGAAAAAGUUUCCCCUUAAGUUUUAUCAGGAUCUCUUCGAAGGUCCAUUUCUGCAGGAAACGGGAGAGUAUUACAAACAAGAAGCUUCAAAUUUCCUUCAAGAGGCAAACUGUUCACAGUAUAUGGAAAAGGUUUUAGCAAGAUUGAAAGAUGAAGAAGUUCGAUGCCGAAAGUACUUGCAUCCUAGCUCGUAUGCCAAAGUGAUUCACGAAUGCCAGCAACGAAUGGUAGCAGACCAUCUGCAUUUUCUACAUGGAGAAUGCCAGAAUAUCAUUAAGCAAGAAAGACGAGAAGCAGAUAUGGCAAACAUCUAUACUUUACUUCGCGCAGUUUCAAAUGGUUUACCUCACAUGAUCCAAGAGCUUCAGAAUCAUAUUCAUGAUGAGGGCCUUAGAUCCAUCAGUAACCUCUCUCAGGAAAAUAUGCCUACGCUGUUUGUGGAAUCUGUUCUUGAAGUUCACGGUAAAUUUCUUCAACUUAUCAGCUCAGUCCUUAAUGGUGAUCAGCAUUUUAUGAGUGCACUUGAUAAAGCUCUAACAUCAGUAGUAAACUAUAGGGAGCCCAAGUCGUCUUGCAAAGCUCCUGAACUGCUAGCUAAAUACUGUGACAACUUAUUAAAGAAAUCUGCCAAAGGAAUGACAGAAAAUGAGGUUGAGGACAAACUGACUAGUUUCAUUACAGUUUUCAAGUACAUUGAUGACAAAGAUGUCUUUCAGAAAUUCUAUGCCAGAAUGUUGGCGAAGCGAUUGAUACAUGGUCUCUCUAUGUCUAUGGAUUCAGAGGAAGCAAUGAUUAAUAAACUCAAGCAAGCCUGUGGAUAUGAGUUUACCAGCAAACUUCAUAGGAUGUACACUGAUAUGAAUGUCAGUGCUGACCUCAAUAACAAAUUUACAGCCACUUUUUUAAGACAACAGGACACUGUCAUAGAUCUUGGAAUCAGCUUUCAGAUCUAUGUUCUACAGGCCGGUGCAUGGCCACUGACACAAGCACCUUCAUCUACAUUUGCCAUUCCUCAAGAAUUGGAAAAGAGUGCACACUUGUUUGAAUUGUUUUACAAUCAACACUUCAGUGGACGGAAGCUUACCUGGCUGCACUACCUUUGUACAGGAGAAGUAAAAAUGAACUAUUUAUCAAAGCCUUACGUGGCUAUGGUCACUACAUACCAAAUGGCGGUGUUGCUAGCAUUUAACAACAGUGAAAUCGUCAGCUACAAGGAGCUCCAAGACAGCACACAGAUGAAUGACAAAGAACUUAGCAAAACCAUUAAAUCAUUGCUUGACGUAAAAAUGAUCAACCAUGACUGUAGCAAGGCAAAUAUUGACUUGGAUUCAAUUUUCUCUUUGAACAUGGUUUUCAGCAGUAAAAGGACAAAGUUUAAAAUUACAACCUCCAUGCAAAAAGAUACACCCCAAGAGAUGGAACAAACUAGAAGUGCGGUCGAUGAGGACAGGAAAAUGUAUCUGCAGGCUGCUAUAGUGCGCAUCAUGAAAGCACGUAAAGUGCUCCGACACAAUGCACUUAUUCAAGAGGUAAUAAGCCAAUCAAGAGCAAGAUUCAAUCCUAGUAUCAGCAUGAUCAAGAAAUGCAUUGAAGUCCUCAUUGACAAACAAUAUAUUGAGCGUAGCCAGGCCUCGGCAGACGAGUACAGUUAUGUAGCUUGAUCCAAACUGUUGGCAUUUGGCUUUGUCUGAGUAUGGUGCAAAGACCUGCUGUGUCACUGUUUGAUGUGUUCCUGUGAAAUGAAGCAGAGCUGUGCCUCCACCAGGUUUUUCAACCCACCACCUGGCAGUCCUUUCUCUGCUGUUUACAAUCUAACCAGUGCCACAUCGCAAGUGUCAAUGCCGAUAGAUCUCCCAACUCAUGUCAUCACAACAUUAGAGUAAAGUGGGAAUAUUCUGGGUGCCAUGUUAAUCUCACCGGUUCAGUUGAUAUAUUUUAAAAGAUAAUUUAAAAUUAAACUGUAAUAAGGCAAAUAAUUGUGUUUACACUGUAAAUUUUGCAUCCAAUAUUGCAUAUAGCAAACAUGGCACUGUUACUUCACAAAUAAAGCCUGUAUUCUACCUGGGAUUUAUCUAGGUUUCAAUGAAGUAGACCAUUACACCAGUGUACUCUGCAUAUCACCCAGAUGAGCAGAUCUAUGUACUUCAUAAAUACUGAGAUUUUCCUGAACUGUCACUACAGGACCAUCAUGAGGAAUGUCUGAACUGGUUUGCACUUCCAUUAAAGGGAUUUUUGUCCGGUUGAUUUCUUUCAGUGUUUCUCGUGUGCAUUGAUGAUUGUCAUAAAUCCUCCAAGCCUUAAUUCUUUAACCUGGAUGCUGCAGUGUUUUUUUUUGUGGAGGGAGGGAAUGUUUUGUGAACCUGUCAAAAAGGUCAUGUCUUUAAUAAUAUUUUCAUUUUUCUGCCUGAAUUUUAUCCAACGUGAUACGAUGUCAAAGUCCAAGACAUUUGAAAAUCUGACUUAAAUUUAUUUGGAAAUUGAUUUUUACAGAACAAAUUCCAUCACAGAGCAGUAAUGAAAAACUGUUGACCUUUGCUGCUAUUGACCCACCAUGGUAGGCUCUCAUCCCCCAGAAAAAAUAUACAUGUAAACAACCGCACACCCUGCCCAAUGUCUUGCUUCACUAGGUAUGACUUCUAAGAAGCAAUUAACAUGGAAAUCUGUCUUUCACUGGUAAUCCCCAUUUGGUCACAGUUGUUCAACCAUUAUACAAACUACCCACGAGAAUGAUCCUGUCACAGCUUUUCUGAUCUGAUUUGUAUUUAGCAACAACAGACUUAUUUUUGGGAAAAAUAUCUGUCAGUAAAUCUAACUGACAAAUUAUAGAUAUCUAUUAUUAGCACCCCAAGAUGUUUAAGUCAGGAACUUGCAUAAAAUUAUUUUAAAGUGUUAACUUAAGUGAUGAAUUAAAUCAGAUGACUGGUUUGUUAAUGAACUAGUAGUUUGAAGUUUUUGCACACUUUGAGAUCUUCAUGGUGUUCACAAUUGCAGCUUUUUAAGAAGAUUGGCUGUCUCCAUUCUUACCAGUGGUAUCUUUAAAAGCUUAUUUAUUUUUUAACUCUUUGGUGUGUCAUUGUAUUACCAGUAGCCAAGUGCAGCUGGAAUAGUGGGGAAUAAAACUGUUAAACUGCAGUUUGAGUUUUGGCUGUUCUUGCCCUUUGGUAAAAUAUUUUUACUACAAUCAUAAUUUAAAAAAUCUGAAUGUAAUAUUUUGCUUUUCAAAGUAUGCAUAGUAAUACUAAUAAAAGCCCAUUGAGUUAAAAGGUUAACUUUCAGUGUCCUGUCCCAUUUUCCCCUAGCAGCACGACCCUCCUUCCCCAUUCAAGUAUUAAAAUGCUGGAAGGCAGUGCUGUGCAGGAUUCUAUGGCUCUGUUUACCUGUAUCCUUCAAUUGGCUUUGUUCCAGUAUAAAAUUAUCAGUAAAAAAAGAAAGAAGAGUUGCCUACCACCAGAAGGCAGGAGUCUACAUUAUGUUCUAAAACUUUUUUCUUUGUGUCCAGUGUUUUGACUAUAUUGCAAUAUCCCUUUUGCAAUAGUCAAAGUAGGUCACAAUAAACUCCAAAAUGUAGUUUCUCUGCACAAUCACUCUUGGAAGGCUGGAAGUGGAGCAAAGCAAGAAAUCCAUUAACUUCACUUCCUCUGUUAAUGCCUCUCAACAAACUUCAAAACUAGUGACAAAUUCUGUACCAGGGACAUUCCAGAAGAUUCAAGGACCUUUCCUUACCCCCAGCUUCAUGUUUGCUCAGUGAUGAUUCCUGCCAGCUUCAGGUGAGGAAUUGUCUUCUUGUAUGCAAAGAAUGCACAAGGCUCCAAGUGCCAGGUAUCCCUGCUUCCCCAACCACCACUCCUGGUCCUAAUCAAGCUCCCAAUUAAAAAUGAUCCAUUGCAUUACAAUUUCUUCAAAAAACCUGAAAGGAAUUAGAGUUCAGUGGCUGCAGAGCUGGAUGAUAUUUUUGUACAGAUCACUGUUUUUGUAAAACAAAUUUUUUUGUUGCUGUCAUUUGACAUGCACGUCAUUGUCUGAUUUGUAGAAUUUUGUUUAAUGUUAUCCAGUCAUAGUGAAGAUUGGAAAAAUUACAUAACAUAAACUUUUUAUUUCCAAGUUGGGUUGUUAUUUCUUUAGUUGUAUGGAUUUGGUAGAUUUCAAUCACCGAGCAGAUGCUUUUUUUGUUUGCUUUCAAACUAAACAAAGGCAUACCCCCUCAUGUCUUAGAUGAAUGUCUUUGUAGGCAGUGAAGAAUUGGAAAUCCACCUUAAUUUAAAGGUACCAAAAUCCUCAGGAUAUUUUAAUACAACUUUAAUGAUGAAAUGAUUCCUCAGACCUGUAAAUGGAAGGAUUUCUUUUUUCAAUUGUAUUACAGUAAUUCAAAAUCUUUUAGUGGUUUGCUUCCAUUUGCCUACCUGGUGAUAUGAAUCUACGACUUUUCAAAACAAAGGAUCCCUUUGUAUUGAGACAAAGUGGAUUCAGCUCAGCAAGCUGGGACCAUCAUUCAAAGAUGGCAAACUCAUAGACAACAUACUGACUGAUGUUUAUAAUUAAUGCAGCUACAUACUUGCAUUUCCAGUUAAUUCAGUUCCUUACAUGUUUUGAUGACUGGAUAUUUUUAAUGGAGGUGUGAAAUACAUUUCAUUCUUCCAUCCUUAAGCAACAAUUUUUCUUGCAUUCAGGGUGUGUGAGGUGUCUACACCCAAGUGAAAGGUGUCUUAUUUCAUAAUAACUACCAGUAUUCUGAGCAUUCAGGAAUAAGUAGCUGUUUUGCUAUUUGAGCUAUCUAUUUUUCAUCUUGCUGAAGAACAACAACAUAUGAAGUUCAGACUGGGAAUUCAUGGAUGUUCCUGAGGUAUUAUGAUAACCAAUGCCAAAUUAUGUUUUGGGUUGAAAUGUUUCAGAAUUGAAGUAGUUUUAAAAAUUACUGUGGCUGAAUAAACUUAGAAUUUGAGGUGAAAAGUUCCUUUGCUUUAAUAAUGUCAUUGGCAUUGUGAGGGAAACCAUUGCCAUGCACAAAAAAGCUCAGAAUACUUCUGGGUGAGUUUAUGAUAUCGUUUUCAUUGGUGGAGCUCAGAUGCAGCAGUUGAAGGCAACAAAAAGUUUGCCUUCAAUCUGAAAGGAAGAAGUCCUGGAUAUGGUUCUCUGAGCAUUUCUUCUGGAAAUGCACGUUAGAAAAAAAGAUAAGAGUGGAUAAUCAUGAUCCAAUUGGCUUUGAAGUCUGCAGCUGAAUAUCCUGACAGUUCACCUACACAUGGCAAAUAGGCCUGGUUGUGUGCAAUAGGAAUGCUAUUGACAUCAAUUGAACAAUACUUAGCCAACUAAAUGGAAUAAUUAGUCAAUGCUCAACUAUCAGAAAUACAUAGGAAAGACAAUCUCAAUUCCCUGGUACAUCCCACUUUACAGUUAGCUGAACUGCAAUGUUUGUGAUGUAUAUUUGCAAAAUGAGAUUUUACUUUGAUUAUAAUGUUCCUGCAUAUUCAUCUGUAAUUCUUUGUUAUUUUGUGUCAGUGACCACAUCUUAAGUACUUUAUUUGUGUUAAAUCAGUUUUAGACAUCCUUAUGUGAAAAGUAUAGUAUAUGAACAAAGUCCUUUCUAAUGGUUGUUUUGUUUUUACUGAUGGUACUAACAUCUGUAUUUUUAAUACAGGAAAUGAUGAAUAUGAAGACGUUGUUGAAUCUCCAACAUUAUAGGGAUUAGUUAAUAUAGCAUUAGAAUCCAAACUUCUUCAAGAUAGGGCAAAGAUGAGGUACUGGAGGAACUCAGCAGGUCAUGUAGCAUCUGUGGAGGAAAGUGGGCAGUUGAUAUUUGUUAAGAUGAAGGGUCUUGAUCUAGAAAGUCCACUUGCCAUUUCACUCCACAGGUGCUGCCUAAGCCACUAAUUUUUUUAAAUUGUAUUUGCUCCAUGUUCCAGAAUCUGCAGUUUAUUGCAUCUCCGUUAUUUGAAGAGGAAUAUUUUUUCAAAUACUUUUUGUCAACAUCCCAGCAUCCUUUGAGUUGCACUCCCAAACAGUACACCUUCCUUCCCUUCUGGUACCUUAUCACAAUGGCUUAUUUCCAUCGCUGAGAGAGAAAAAAAAACAAGGAUAGUCAACUUAUUGUAUUGUUGAACUCCUUACAAUGAGCCAGUUCUGGCCAAAAAUAUUGCUGCUAAAUGCUUGCUGGUCUGAGGCUAAUCAGAAGUUGAGCUGAUUUAUCUGUUCAUCUGAUGCUAAACUAAGAACGUAAAAGCAGCUGCAGUGCCCAAAUGCAAACCAAUUCUUUUAUGCCAAUGUUUGCCUUACUUGACAUCAACUAAGUUAGCUCAAGAGUAAAACCUGAGUUGCAUUAACUAAUCAUGCAAUGUAUUUUUGGGAUGCCUCAAAACAUUUUAAAAGUUGACAAAAGCUUGGCUGUUACAUUGUUUGAUAGCAGUUUAUCGAUGAUAAACUUGUGCGAGUGCACAGCUCUAAGAGGAACAUAGUAACACAUAUCAUGAUUACUGUUCAGUGUGUCUUUUACAAGGUACAGUUUUAUGGUAUUGGUAGCAAAAACUGAUGGAACAAACCACAAAUGGUAAAAUUGUAUCAUUUCUUAAUGCAUGUACAUUAUGAAAAUCAAAUUAAAGUUUGUUUUAUUUUGUUAUGGC